AUGCCGACAUCUUCACGCAAGAGCAGUGUUGGUGGGGCACGACGCGGCUUGCAAAAAGCACAUAUACCCUAUAGAGGUGAUAAUCCUGAAGUUGGAAAGAAGACUGGAAUUUCUGUUGCACAUGUCGAGCGCAAGUCCGAUGGGUUUGAACCAUUCGACGAACUCAUCCAACAGAUAGAUGGACGGACUCCUCCCAGGCCGAAGGCAAAGCGAAAGCAGAGCAUUUCUACUGUAUAUCGAAAGGACGAUGAUUAUGACGAUGAAGACGGGGAGCAAUCUAUGCAGCUGGAUAGUCCAGUAAGACAUUUAGUGAAUCUGCGCCCACCAACGACACCAACAGCAUCAGGGCGCAGCCGAACAUCUAUACGUCCGGUGGCACGAACGUCCGAUGUAGACUUUGACCGCAUCCCGUCCCCCCAUCUCCCUAAUUCAACGCGUCGUGGUGCGGGUCAUGCUGGACCUGGUCCAUCUAGUCUCCGUCAUUCUGCUCAUGAUUUAGAGCCUGAACCACAAUCGCAAUCGGAAUCGCAAUCGGACAAUGAACCCGCCGGAGAUUAUACCGGAGAAGCAGGUUACGACAACAACAACGACGACGACGACGACGACGCACAGCAUGACAACUUUGAUGACCAUGGUCAACGAUUAAGUCCAAAAAGUCGGCGUGGUCCUAGGCAAUCAAAUUUCAGUGCCAUCGAAGAAGAAGACGAAGAGGAAGCGGCGGAUCUUAAUCCUGAUCCUGAGGGAGUUGAGGAUGAGAUAGCACAAGGUUUGAAAGAUGUUGAUUUGGAUAUGGAAAGUUCAGCAGAAGAUUCUGAACCUGAACCUGAACCUCCUAUGAAGAAAAGGAAAGUUGUGGAGGAAAGGAAGACAGCACCUACGAAGACACAGACAAGGUCAAAGAAGGAGAAUCGUCCUCAUCGAGAAGGUGUCAGACGUAGUCAACGUGAACAUAUCCGGCCGCUCGAAUAUUGGCGGGGCGAAAAGGUCGUUUAUGGGAGAACCACACACUCAGGGCCCGUUCUGGUUCCUCCCAUCAAGGAAAUCCUUCGAAUACCAAAGGAGGACGCUCUACCCCUCGGCGCCAAACGAAAACGAGGUUCAACCCGACCGCGUAGUAGAAGCCGAGCUGUCGACCACCACGAGAACUCAAUCCCCCCUGCGUUGGCAGUUCACAACCCUGAAGAAGGGUGGGAUGAUGACACCUCCGCCAUUUGUACUGUUCUUCACUUUACAACCAAAGAUGAAGUUGAGAGACGAAUUGCAUGGACGGCGAAAAUGGUUGAACCACGUAUGGCAGCUGACAAAAAUUGGUCAUUCGAUAAGAUUUUUGGCGACGAUGAUUUCAUUGCUGCAGGGCAAUUGAUCAUACCUCCUCGCGGACGCAAACCCAGUAAAGCUGCUAAAGACAAUACUUAUGUUUUUUAUGUCAUUGAAGGCGCAGUCAACUUCAAGAUUCACCAAACUUCAAUGAUCCUCGCUACAGGGGGUAUGUUUAUGGUACCACGAGGAAACACAUAUCUCAUCGAAAAUAUUUCAGAACGUAAUGCUCGACUCUUCUUUACACAAGCUCGAAAAGUUGCAAUGAAUAGCGAUGAAAAGACAGCGAAAGCCGAACACAUCGCUGAAAUGCAGAGGCGAAAAUCCCUAAUGCGAUCCUCAAGUGCUGGAGCACCCUCUAUACACUCUACCAAGACACCAGGGAAUCCUCGUGCGGCUUCGAUGGCGACCUUCCCUCCCAGGUCUUGA